AUGUUAAAAAUUAGUAUUGCCAGAUUCAUUGGGAACAAAGCAAUAUGUAAUGUAAGGUGUUUAUCACAAGAUAGAUCUAUUAAUUUUGGAAACGAAACAAAUAAUGAAAAAUACAAAAGAAUCAGCGAUUGUUAUGCUGGGAAAUCGAUUUUUGUUACUGGAGGUACAGGUUUUGUUGGCAAGGUUUUAAUAGAAAGACUUCUACACACUUGCUCUGACAUCGAAAAGAUCUAUGUUUUAAUUCGGGAGAAGAAAGGACAAAGUGUGGACAAAAGACUUGAGCAGAUGCUUGAUAUUCCUACAUUUCUCUACUUUUCCACUGUCUUCUGUAAUGCGGAUAAGAGUUUGAUAGAUGAGGUGAUUUACCCAAGAAUAUGUGACGAAAAAGAAGUGUACAAUUUCUUAGAUACAUAUGGAGAUAAUCCUAAAGUAAUUAAACAGCUUUUAGAUGGACAACCCAACAGGUACACACUAUCGAAAUCUAUCUGCGAGAAUUUCUUACAGGAUGAGCAUAAACCACUACCAACUGUCAUUGUGCGACCUGCGAUUGCCUUCCUCCUCUCCAUCCAUCAUGUCACAUCUAUAUGGAAUUGUUCCCUCGACUCAGACUGCUCCAGCUUGAGAGGAAGUAUAUGUAAUGCUGGAAUUUGCGAAUGCAGACCAGGAAGCCAGUCUGUUCUUGGAGGCACCAUGUGCGCUGAUAGCGUCAAUGAAAAUUGUGUCGUAAACGAAGACUGCCAAUUUCCUGGAGGAGUUUGCAACAUCAACGACUUUAGAUGCAUUGAGACAAUUGGUGGUGCGUGCGCGCAACACUCAGAUUGUGUUAUAGAGAACACUGUGUGUAGAAACAGCUUGAGAGGAUUCACUUGUCAAUGUGAUGAUGAAUUUGUGGAAUCUAAUAGUCUUUGUUGGCCAAAGACAAUAGCAUUCAAGGAGUACAGAAGAUGUACUGCGCCGACCUCAAGUCAUUGGGAAAUGGGCAGGGAGAAGAAGAAGAAGUGUACGCGUAGACACAACGUGCACUCUCUAUUCCUGUCAUUUCACUCCCGAUGGGACGAUAAUUCAACACGACCAGUGAGAGAUGAGGCGCAGGAACGACAAUUU